UCUGAACAGAAGGAACUGUAUCGCGAGAUUCUCAACGGCACCGCCCGUCAGUUCUUGGAAGAUAAGGCCGUGGAAAGGAUCGAAGCUAGAAAUGCCAGUGAAAGACCGUCGCGCGCGGCGAGCUUGAAGAGAAAGUCGGAAGACAGCGAAUCUACGUCUCCUAGCAAAAGCUUGAAAUCGAGUCGCUCUUCUACGCCGGCCAGUCUUGCAAGCUCAGGCCGUAGGCGGGGAGGCCGUCCAAAUUACAAGGAUAUCAGUGACCGUGAGUUCAAUGCCAAGCUGCGCAGAAUGGAGAAUGGUAUCGAAGAGGAAGAACCAGAAGAGCCAGAGCUGGGCGAAACUGAACAGGAAGAGAUUGAGAGGGCCAAGACAAUUAAGCUAGCCAAGAAGGAAAUUGCCAACAAAAAGCUUCAGAACCCCGUUAUGCAGGCCCGCUUGGCCUGCAAUUCUCCUCACAAUUUCUAUUGGCCCUGGGGUGACGACUCGUCUACGGUGGAUGAGACGUUGGUUACGGCAUCCGGGAAAAUGCUUCUUCUCGAUCGACUGGUUCCUUGUCUCAUGUCGAAAGGGCACAAGAUUCUUAUCUUUUCUCAGUUCAAGACACAGCUCGAUCUCCUCCAAGACUGGGCCACUCAACUGCGGUCCUGGAAGUGUUGUCGCAUUGACGGCGCUGUGAGCCAGGCUGAUCGCCAAGCUCAAAUCAAAGCCUUCAACACCGACGAUAACUACAAGAUCUUCCUGCUGAGCACGCGAGCGGGUGGUCAGGGGAUCAAUCUCACGGCUGCCGACACCGUCAUCCUGUACGAUUCCGACUGGAACCCACAACAGGACCUCCAGGCCCAGGAUCGCGCACACCGAAUCGGCCAGACGAAACCCGUGAUCGUCUACCGUCUCGCGACCAAAGGCACCGUGGAGCAGACACUCCUCGAAAAGGCCGACUCGAAACGCCGGCUCGAGCGCCUCGUCAUCCAGAAAGGCAAAUUCAGGAGCCUCCUCGACCCCGGCACCACGCAGAACGACAUCGAGGAGCUCCUCAAGGCGCUCGGAGAGGACGAAUUCGAGCAGUUCGACGUCGAGGGCAACAAUCCCGAGUCCCUUCUGUCGCAGGAAGACCUCGACAUCCUCACCGAUAGGAGCGAAGAGGCGUACGCACGAGCCGAGAAAGGUCUGGAGAAGACCGGACGCGCCUUUACGGCCGUCGAGACGAAGGGGUUAGACCAAGGGGGUAUUAUGGCCGAACUUACCGUGCGAUGA